AUGGCUGCCCAGUCAAAACAAGCCACAACACACCUGAGGAAAGAGAAACCAAGCCACAACACACCUGGGGCCAAAGAGAAACCAAGCCACAACACACCUGAUGCCAAAGUCAAAACAAGCCACAACACACCUGGGGCCAAAGAGAAACCAAGAAACAACACACCUGGGGCCAAAGACAAACCAAGCCACAACACACCUGGGGCCAAAGACAAACCAAGCCAUAACACGCCUGAGGCCAAAGUCAAAACAAGCCACAACACACCUGGGGCCAAAGAGAAACCAAGCCACAACACACCUGAUGCCAAAGUCAAAACAAGCCACAAGACACCUGGGGCCAAAGAGAAACCAAGCCACAACACACCUGGGACCAAAGACAAACCAAGCCACAACACACCUGGGGCCAAAGACAAUCCAAGCCACAACACACCUGGGGCCAAAGACAAAACAAACCACAACACACCUGAGGCCAGAGACAAACCAAGCCACAACACACCUGGGGCCAAAGACAAACCAAGCCACAACACACCUGAGGCCAAAGUCAAACCAAGCCACAACACACCUGAGGCCAAAGACAAACCAAGCCACAACACACCUGGGGCCAAAGACAAACCAAGCCAUAACACGCCUGAGGCCAAAGUCAAAACAAACCACAACACACCUGGGGCAAAAGACAAACCAAGCCACAACACACCUGGGGCCAAAGAGAAACCAAGCCACAACACACCUGAUGCCAAAGUCAAAACAAGCCACAACACACCUGGGGCCAAAGAGAAACCAAGAAACAACACACCUGGGGCCAAAGACAAACCAAGCCACAACACACCUGGGGCCAAAGACAAACCAAGCCAUAACACGCCUGAGGCCAAAGUCAAAACAAGCCACAACACACCUGGGGCCAAAGAGAAACCAAGCCACAACACACCUGAUGCCAAAGUCAAAACAAGCCACAACACACCUGGGGCCAAAGAGAAACCAAGCCACAACACACCUGGGACCAAAGACAAACCAAGCCACAACACACCUGGGGCCAAAGACAAAACAAACCACAACACACCUGAGGCCAAAGACAAACCAAGCCACAACACACCUGGGGCCAAAGUCAAACCAAGCCACAACACACCUGAUGCCAAAGACAAACCAAGCCACAACACACCUGAGGCCAAAGACAAACUAAGCCACAACACACCUGAGGACCAAAGACAAACCAAGCCACAACACACCUGA